AAACAAUCGAAUUUGGUAAUGGUACCAGUUAAUUAUUAGCAAUAUGUUUCAAUACUUAAUGGUCGGAUUACUUUUAAUUAUUUUGUCUCCAGUAGAAUGCAUUGUUGGCGGACAACCGACAACAUUAGAACAAUUCUCUACCUCUCUUGCUCAAUACAAGGGUAAUCUCUUCACACUUUUUCCAAGCCCCAUAAGCGAUUUACUGUUUUUGCUACCCCCUCGUUUGGGUGUAUUUGAUAGGUUUGCACAAGUGAUUGCACUCUCACCCCAGCACAUUCUGACAGUAGGUCAUGUGAUUCCAUUGAAUGAAGAAAAUCGUACCCAAGCGUCAUUCUUUCAAAACUGUCAAUACAUUUUAGAUUUUGAUAAUUAUGACAUAAUAAACUGUACGGUUCAUCCAGAUUUCCAAGUUCUACAAAACGAAAUAACUACAUAUGCCAUAAAUGAUAUAGCUAUAUGUAAAGUGGAUAAACCUCUAUCAAGUAACAUACCUCUUAUCACAAUACCUACAUCGAAUAUUGCAAGUGGAACUGUCGGAAGAACUGCAGGGUGGGGUAAAACGAAUCCCAAUAAUACAUUUGGUUCUGAAUGUCUUAACAAAUGCAACAUGACAAUCGUGGACCAAGCCUCCUGCAAUACCUUGUAUAACGGCAUAAUCGCUGACUAUCACAUUUGUGCUAUAAAUACCAAUGGUGCAGGACCAUGCGGUGGAGAUUCUGGAAGCCCAUUGAUUAUCAACUUGGACGGUGUUGAUUAUUCUGUUGGCCUCACAUCGUUUGCUAAAGAUUGUGCAUCCACCACUUUCCCAAGUGUUUAUACUAAUUUAUCUUACUUUCAAUCUUGGAUCGAAAAUAUUGUUAAAUCCGAUAAAUAAAAUUGAUUUUAGAUUUCCUUUAUGUUAAAACUGUCUGAAUAGUUUAUUGUCAUUAAAAUGUUUGUCGAA